AUGAGUCAAACGAUUAAGAUCUUAGUCCUUCCUGUGCUGCUGGUUUUGGUUAGCAAGUUUGUGAAAACUGGCAAUGCUGAGACUCUUGAAGAUAUAUUUGGCUCUGCCAUAGCUAGAACUGCAAAGUCUUUCACUUCUUUGGCAUCAAGGUUGAAGUCAGAGGGAGUUACAAAUACAUCUGCCUGGAAUUCUUCAUGUUUAGAGUCAGAAAAUAAUGCAACAUCUUUCUCAAAAUGUCUACAGGAGUCUGCUGGGUCAUGCUUGAGUUUGCAAGAUAUCAGCAGACUCUACAACAUCACUCCGAGCCAGAACCUCUCCAAGGAGGCUGUAGCCAGCCUGUCACUUGCACUCAUUUACUCCAUCCUCUCCUGUGAGAGUCAGCGAGAAAGGAACUCUAAUGACUCUGAGAAGGAAACUGAGAAAAGUGCACCACCCAGCUCUUACGCUUCAUGGGGCUACACCUUUCUGUUUGUGACCCUGAUCAACCUGUGCUCGCUGACUGGGGCUGUGGUCCUGCCGUGUAUGAAGCUGAAGAGUUACAAGUUGGUGCUGAUGUUCAUGGUAGCGCUGGCUGUGGGAACAUUAGCAGGCAGUGGACUGUUGUUUCUGAUCCCAGAGGCAUUCAGACUGGUGCAUGAUGAAGACUCUGGCUAUAUAUGGAAAGCCACAUCCAUCAUGGGCGGCAUCUACCUGUUCUACCUGACAGAGAAAAUCAUGAGAAUGAUCAACUCAAGAAGAGAGAACACCAGUUUGAAAAAACAAAGAGAUGAAAUGGCCACAAAGGAUACAAUCACAACUUCCUUCCGACGUGUCCCUUUAGACAACUCUCUUCCAGGGAAAGAUGCAUCACAGAUUGCUGAAAGUAUAGGAGGGAUCUGCAGCUCUCAGUUACGCUCUCAUUCCAGUUUUAAUUCAAGUGUUAGCGAGAUUGCACAUCCACUCAGCUUCAAGACAGAUGAGGAGGAUGUUGGUGACACUGAACUUACAAUUUCUACUCUUGAUAAUUGUGUUUGGGAAAAGUCCCCAUGCAACGGCAAUGGACACAGUCAUAAUCACUACCAUCUAGACUCGUCAUCGGAGAUAGCACCUGUAGCAUACAUGAUCAUCUUUGGAGAUGCUCUGCACAAUUUCAUUGAUGGCUUGUCCAUUGGGUCCGCAUUCACACAAAGUAUCAUGACAGGGGUUAGUGUUAGCGUGGCUGUCAUGUGUGAAGAGCUGCCUCACGAACUUGGGGACUUUGCUAUCCUGCUUAACUCAGGAAUGCGGUUUCGGAAAGCUCUCAUGUACAACUUCCUGUCGGCUUGCACGUGCUACAUUGGCAGUUUUAUAGGCAUUAUUCUUGCUGAGAACACAGCGUCACACGAGUGGAUCUUUGCUAUAGCUGGAGGCAUGUUUCUCUACAUUUCACUGGUUGAUAUGAUGCCCGAAAUGAACACUGCUGCAGAAUCCAAAGAAGGAAAGCAGUUUGGAGAAAUGAAAACUUUUCUUUUACAAAACUGUGGACUUGCUACUGGCUAUUCUAUCAUGCUGAUCUUUGCUUUAUAUGGCGGGAACAUAAGUUUUGGAUAG